GAAUACUCUCCGCCUCCGCUUUGUGCUCUACAAAGAAAAUAUACACAACAAAAACAAUCGAAAAUUUUCCAUCAAACUUUUGGAAAAUUUGAUUAUCAGCAAAGAAAUAAUGUAAACUUCAAAAACGCACUGCGAAUACACAGGCGAUGGAACCAAGUCGCAGCAGAGUUUGCAUUUGUUAUUUGAUAUCGACAUUUCUGAUUGGUUACUUCAUCUACAUACUGGUCUCGAGCAAUUUGGAGAAUAGUCGCAAACUCGGCCGACUGCGUGAGGAGGUCGACGAGAUAGCGCAUGUUGUGCUGCACACGGCGCCGGGGCAAGGUGACACAAAGCACUUGAAUGAGAUUGUUGACGGCAUACUAAAGAAGCGGCUCGCCGGCAUCUGGGAUGAUUUGUACACGAUGAAAAAGCAGUUGCGCCUCACCGAAUGCACCGGCCGCACAACAGCGGCGGCACACACCAUGACGGCGGACGUUGAGGGUGGUGCGCUGAUGGCGAUGCCAGCGCGGGUCAACUAUGCGGCGGAGGAGUUGGGCGCGAAGGUGCAAGAUGUGAAUGCCGAACCGUUGGAUGGCGGCAAUCUGGUGCGUUCGAUGCUCGGGCUGCAGUACAGCGCGAAUCCGCCUAUAAAUAUGCUAAAGCCCGGCAUGGAGCCGGGCAAUUGUUUCGCUUUCAAGCACGCCAAGGCGGUGGUGACCAUCAAGCUGGCGCAGGCGAUAUUUGUCGAGAGUUUCGAGUUGGAGCACCUGUGCAGAGGCAAUGCGCCCAAUAAUGAUACAACGAGUGCGCCGAAAGAGUUUGAAGUUUACGGCAUCACUGCUGCUUCAUGGAAGGAAUCGAAAAUUGGCGACUUCAUUUACACAAAUCAGCAUCCGCCAGCGCAAAACUACGCCGUGAAGAGUGAAUGCAAAUUCCUUUAUAUGCGCUUCAAGUUCAAGUCGAAUCAUGGGCACCCGGAAUACACCUGCAUUUAUCGUAUUGCCGUCUAUGGGCGUAGUCAGAAGUGAUUGCAUGAGUAAUGGAUUUCCGAGUAGAAUUCAACUGGUUGUUGGCAUGCAUUGUCAUCUACAUAUUUAUAGGGUUUAUCUCACUUACAUAUACAUAUGAUAAAUAAUAUGCAUAUAUGCUGAAUAGUAUUUAUUAUAACUUUAUUUUUUCUACGACUGAGGUAUAAUAUUUGUUAAAGGAAAUUGUUAACUUUAUGUGCUUACACUUAUGUUCGGUAUAUUUUUUACAUUACUGCUAUAAACUACACUGGAAAAAAAUAUUUUUUUUACAUAAGUGCCAUGUGAAUUGUAUUUUUCUGUAACGCUUGUAAUUUAUUCCGUUAAAAUAUAUUAAAU